UAUUUGGAGGAGAGCACUGUCUUCGUUGCACAAUCUUAUUGCGUGGAGUUACAGAAAGAGAGAGCGAGAGAGAGAGAGAGAGAGAGAGAGAGAGAGAAUCCACAAUGCCUACUGUUAGCGUAGGAAGGGAUCGUCUAUUUGCAGCUCUUGGGAGGACUUACACACAGGAAGAGUUCGAAGAGCUAUGCUUCAGUUUUGGGAUCGAGCUGGAUGACGUUACAACUGAGAAAGCAAUUAUCAGAAAAGAAAAGCAUUUGGAUGAAGAAGCCUCUGAGGAUGAAGAAGUUAUUUAUAAAAUUGAUGUUCCUGCAAAUAGAUAUGAUUUACUUUGCCUUGAAGGGCUUGCACAGGCUCUCCGUAUUUUCAACAAAGAAGAGGAGAUACCUUCCUAUACACUGGCUAACAUUAGUAGAGAAAAGAUGAUUAAAAUGCAUGUAAAACCGGAGACCUCCUUGAUUCGGCCAUAUGUUGUUUGUGCUGUGUUAAGAGGCAUAAAUUUUGAUGAAGCAAGAUAUAACAGUUUUAUUGAUCUCCAAGACAAGCUUCACCAAAAUAUUUGCCGGCGGAGAACCCUAGUUGCAAUUGGGACUCAUGACUUGGACACGUUGCAGGGGCCAUUCACGUAUGAGGCUUUGCCUCCUUCAAGUAUAAAUUUUGUGCCAUUGAAACAGGUGAAGAGCUUUAGAGCUGAUGAACUGAUGGAAUUUUACAAAUCAGAUUUGAAAUUGAAGAAGUUUUUGCAUAUAAUAGAGAACUCACCAGUGUUCCCUGUUUUAUAUGAUUGCAACAGAACUCUAUUGUCUUUACCUCCAGUUAUUAAUGGUGCACAUUCAGCAAUCACUCUUAAGACAAAGAAUGUUUUCAUUGAAUGUACAGCCACAGAUCUAACGAAGGCGAAGAUUGUUUUAAACACAAUGGUAACAGCUUUUUCAGCAUUUUGUGAAAGAAAGUUUGAAAUUGAACCUGUGGAAGUGAUAAAUUCUGAUGGGAGGUCAUGUGUAUAUCCCGAUUUAUCAGUCUACAAUAUGGAAGUUUCUCUGUCAUAUGUUAACAGUUCAAUUGGAGUCUCCUUGCAAGCAGAAGAGGUCACCAAUUUGUUAAAUCGGAUGCAAUUACGUGCUGAGCAGUCUGUCUUGGGUAAUAACCAGUUCAGUAUCAAUGUAUCUGUACCUCCCACCAGGAGUGAUGUGCUUCACCCAUGUGAUGUUAUGGAGGAUGUUGCAAUUGCUUAUGGGUACAAUAAUAUUCCGAAGACGAAGCCUGCAUCUUUGCAGCCACUACCCUUGAAUGAGCUCAGUGAUGUCAUGAGAUUGGAGAUUGCUAUGAGUGGCUUUACGGAGGUGUUGACAUUUAUAUUGUGUUCACGGAAAGAAAAUUUUACAAUGUUAAACCGUGAAGAUGAUAAAUCAACUGCAGUGAUUAUUGGAAAUCCUCGAUCCUCUGAUUUUGAGGUUGUCCGUACCAGUCUGAUGCCUGGGAUUUUGAAAACGGUUGGACACAACAAAGAUCAUCCUAAGCCCAUAAAGAUUUUUGAAGUGGGUGAUAUAGCAGUAUUGGAUGACAUGAAAGAUGUUGGUUCAACAAAUCGUCGCCAACUUGCAGCACUAUAUUGUGGUUCGACCUCGGGAUUUGAGCUUAUUCAUGGCUUGGUUGACCGAAUUAUGGAAGUUGUUGGUGUUCCUUUUGUUCCUAUUGAUGAUAAUACAGGAUACUUCAUAAAACCUGCAAAUGAGCCUGAGUUUCUUCCGGGUAGACAAGCAAGGAUCAUUUAUAAAGGGAACAGCAUUGGCACUUUUGGCAUUGUGCACCCUGAGGUUCUCAACAACUUUGAUAUCCCUGAUCCGUGCUCGUUCGUAGAACUUAGCAUUGAAAGUUUUUUGUAGAGCCUAUUCCACAAUAGUGCAUGUAUCCUACCUUUGAUUUCAAAUUUGCAGGUAUGUUGACAAUUGCUGUCAGGGUAAUCUGCUCCAAGAAUUUUGAGCAACUUAGAUGCUGAAAAAGCAAAUAUAUCAUAACCAGGAAACUACUAGGGGGCGCAUAUAAAUUGGGUAACCAACCAAAUUGGAAUGGGAGGGAUCAGCCAUUUCUUUUUCUUUUGUUUUUUUUUUUUUUUUUUUUUUUUUUUUUUUUUUUUUUUUUGAUAAGGAAAGAAUGUUCUGUUUUACUCCGCCCCCCAGUACUUCUAGAGGUAUUAAAUUUUUGUAUCGUGUCAAAAUUGUAUACUGAUUAAAUAAAGACUACCCUUUAAACC